CUUCCCAACAACCUCACCAAAGCAAAGCCAGGACAGCGCAGGGAUCUCUUGUUGCGCCUGGGUGCUGAGGCUGGGACUGUCACUCAUUCUCUGAUCAGCUCCUGAAAGCAGCUAGAAAGCAGCUGGACAAAAAAUAAAAAAAUAAAAAAUAUCACACCAUUCUGGGGGAAUUUUUAUUUUAUUUCCCCCCACUCUCCUUGCCUUGCACCUGAGAAGCUUGUCUUCACCCGCCCAGGUUCCUACUGAAGGGGGAAAAUAUAUACAUAUGCAAGGAAACUUCCUCGCCAGCCGGCAGAUGACAAUGCUUCAAAGCACGGAUCUCAUCUGGACUUUGCUAUUCCUCGGGACUGCAGUCUCUCUCCAGGUGAACAUUGCUCCAAAUAAGGUGGAGGUGCCUGUUGGGGAGUCCAAAUUCUUCUUGUGUCAAGUGACUGGCGAUGCCAAAUCCAAAGACAUCUUCUGGUUUGCUCCCAAUGGCGAGAAGCUGACGACAAACCAGCAACACAUCUCGGUGGUGCGGGCGGAAGAUUCGUCCACUCUCACUAUCUACAAUGUCAACAUAGAUGACGCCGGCAUCUACAAGUGUGUUGUUUCUAGUGAGGAAGGGGAUGAGGAGGCCACCCUCAACGUGAAGAUCUUCCAGAAGCUGACCUUCAAGAAUGCUCCCAGCCCUCAGGAGUUCAAAGAAGGAGAGGAUGCAGUCAUUGUGUGUGAUGUGGUCUCUUCGUUGCCUCCCACCAUCAUGUGGAAGCACAUGGGCAGGGACGUUGUCCUUAAAAAAGAUGUGCGGUUUGUUGUACUGUCCAACAACUACUUGCAGAUCAGAGGGAUCAAGAAAACAGAUGAGGGGAUGUACCGCUGCGAAGGGAGGAUCUUGGCCCGUGGAGAGGUUGACUUCAGAGACAUCCGAGUCAUUGUCAACGUGCCUCCUACUGUUCGCUCCAGGCAGGGCACUGUGAAUGCCACAGCAAACCUCAGCCAGUCGGUCAAGUUGGUGUGCGACGCUGACGGCUUUCCCGAGCCAACCAUCAGCUGGACCAAGGAUGGGGAGUCCAUAGAAAGAGAAGAGGAUGAUGAAAAGUACGGCUUCAGUUACGACGGCUCGGAGCUGACAAUCCGCAAGGUGGAGAAGAACGACGAGGCGGAGUAUGUCUGCAUCGCUGAGAAUAAAGCUGGCGAACACGAUGCCACCAUACACCUCAAGGUCUUUGCGAAACCCAAAAUCACCUAUGUGGAGAACAAAACUGCGAUGGAGCUGGAAGACCAGAUCACCCUGACCUGUGAGGCCUCCGGAGACCCCAUCCCCUCCAUCACUUGGAGGACCUCUACCCGGAACAUCAGCAAUGAAGAGAAGGCUUCAUGGACCCGGCCCGAGAAGCAAGAGACCCUGGAUGGACGCAUCGUGGUACGCAGUCACGCACGUGUGUCUUCUCUGACACUGAAAGACAUUCAGUACACCGAUGCUGGAGAGUACAUCUGUAUAGCCAGCAACACCAUCGGGCAAGAUUCCCAAGCCAUGUACCUGGAGGUUCAGUAUGCCCCGAAGUUGCAGGGCCCUGUUGCUGUUUACACCUGGGAAGGCAACCAGGUGAACAUCACCUGCGAGGUAUUUGCUUACCCCAGCGCCAUCAUCUCUUGGUUCCGGGACGGGCAACUGCUACCAAGUUCCAACUACAGCAACAUCAGAAUCUACAACACACCGACUGCAAGUUAUCUGGAGGUGACACCAGACUCAGAAAAUGAUUUCGGGAACUACAAUUGCACAGCGGUCAACCGGAUUGGCCAGGAGUCCUCGGAGUUCAUCCUCGUGCAAGCGGAUACUCCAUCUGCACCUUCCAUUGAGAGAGUGGAGCCCUACUCCAGCACAGCCCAGGUGGAGUUUGACGAACCUGAGGCCACUGGUGGAGUGCCCAUUCUCCGGUACAAGGCCGAGUGGCGAGCACUGGGGGAGGAAGACUGGCACGCCAGGAUGUACGACGCCAAGGAAGCCAACAUGGAGGGCGUGUUCACCGUCAUGGGCCUGAAGCCGGAGACCAGGUACACGAUCCGACUGUCCGCCAUCAAUGGCAAAGGUGCAGGCGAGAUCAGCAGGCUCUCCGACUUCAAGACGCAGCCAGUUCGCACUCCACCACCACGUGAACCCAGUGCGCCCAAGCUGGAAGGCCAGGUGGGAGAAGAUGGCAACUCUUUUAAAGUGAACCUCAUUAAACAAGAUGACGGAGGUUCCCCCAUUCGGCAUUAUCUCAUCAAAUACAGAGUCAAGCAGUCCUCUGACUGGAAGCCUGAGAUCCGGCUCCCUUCGGGCAGCGACCACGUCAUGCUCAAGGCUCUGGACUGGAAUGCCGACUACGAGGUCUACGUGAUUGCGGAGAACCAGCAAGGGAAAUCCAAGCCAGCGCAUUACGCUUUCAAGACUUCUGCCCAGCCGACUAUCAUUCCAGCUAGCACAAGCCCUGCGUCGGGGCUGGGCACCGCUGCCAUUGUGGGCAUCCUCAUCGUCAUCUUCGUCCUCCUGCUGGUGGCUGUAGACGUCACGUGCUACUUCCUCAACAAGUGCGGCCUCUUGAUGUGCAUUGCCGUCAACAUGUGUGGCAAAUCCGGUCCAGGGGCAAAGGGCAAGGACAUGGAAGAGGGCAAAGCUGCUUUCUCGAAAGACGAAUCAAAAGAGCCUAUUGUGGAAGUGCGAACGGAGGAGGAACGCACCCCGAACCACGACGGAGGCAAACAUACGGAGCCCAACGAGACCACGCCGCUAACGGAGCCAGAGCACCCUGCUGAUACUGCAGCAGCCACCGAGGACAUGAUGCCAUCCGUCACCACAGUUACCACUAACUCGGACACGAUCACCGAAACCUUUGCCACCGCUCAGAAUAGCCCCACCAGUGAAACCACCACGCUUACCUCCAGCCUCACUCUGCCUGCCACGCCCAUGCCCGACUCCAAUUCCGUGGCCCCUAACCAGGGCACGCCGUCAAAAGCGGCAGCGGUAUCUUCACCCCCGCCCACCUCCACCCCCAAAGUCGCCCCCUUGGUUGACCUCAGUGACACCCCCACUUCUACUCCGGCCCCUGGCAAUGUGUCAUCAGGCGUCCUGACCAACCAAGGGGCAGUCCUGAGCCCCAGCUCCUCUGCAAAAACGCCCGAGGCUCCCAAGGGUCCCGCUGCUGCCAGCAAGUCCCCUGCCCCACCACCGCCAAACCCCGCUAGCGCUCCAGCCCCUUCAGAGCCAAAGCAGGAGGCCUCCAGCUCCAAAAGCCCAGAAAAGGAAACCACGCAGCCAAGUGCAGUGAAGAGUCCAACAGAGAUGGCGAAGAAUGCAGCAAACCAGAAGGGUGAGGCGGCCACAGGGGGCGCCACAAACGCUGCUCAGAACGAGGACUUUAAAAUGGACGAAGGGACCUUCAAGACCCCAGACAUUGAUCUGGCCAAGGAUGUUUUUGCAGCGUUGGGCACAGCGGCCCCCGCCGCUGCACCCGGAGGCCAAGCCGCUGCUUCCGCUCCAGAGAGUUCCGCAUCACCAGCACCUGCGAAGACAGAGAAAACCCCCAUAGAAGAAAAGUCUGCGAUUCCAGCCACGGAAGCCAAGACAGCCCCCGCGGAAGUCAAGACGGUGCCCAACGAAGCUACACAAACAAAUGAAAACGAAAGCAAAGCAUGAUGGGCGACCGAGCCAAAACAAAACAAAAAUUUUUAAAAAAAGAUUGACAGAACAACUUCACCUGAGCAUUUAAAACACAACACACAUCUCAUCCCUCUAGUGUCUUUGCCUUUUUCUUUUUUCUCUUUUUCUUUUUUUUUAAGAAAACAAACAAAAAUGCAUACGACGGGGAAAAUGUGUUUGGGCUGGGGGGAUGUAUUUUGUUCAU